AGAAUAUGUAUUCUUACACCAUGGUUUUACGUAUAGGAUUUUGAAAUCGAUCACUUAUCUUACAUAAUUUCACUACUUUAUCGAAAUGAUGAUGUGAAAUUCAUCAACGCCUGCAGAUAUGCAACUAGUUCAAGUUUGGAACAGCAAAGAAAAUUAGCAUAAAUCAAGAAUCUCGAAAAUUGACAAAAAAGAGAAUCAGCAGGAAGAUUGCAUUCUCUAAAAUUCCAAGAAUUUUUCGACAUUUCCAAGAAUUGAAAGAAAAAUUGAAAAAAUGACAAGUUACAAAUUUGCAAAAUUUUAAAAGUUAAAAAUAUCAGAGGAGGCCAAGAAGGACAUGUAUUUCAAUGCGCACGUGUAUGAACCGUCUGUUAUGACAUUUUAUACGAUGCUGACAGCUGAGGCGGAGAUGUACGAUCAGUAGAAAGAUAGAAGAGAAAGAGAGAGAAGCGGAGGAAACGCGCGUCUUUCACAAGUGUAAUAAUAUUUGUUUCCAAUCUAUCGUAUGUGUAUAUACAUGAAAUCGGUAAACAUAAUACAAACAGUUAUGAUUUGAUUAUUGUCAAGAAUUAAAAUUGAUCUAAAGUGAUGCACGAGCAUUCGCACGUCGAAUCUCAUCGCAAAAUUAAGGUUAUCAUGAGAAUUUGACAUAGGAAUAUAACAGUUAAUAUUACGUAUGUGCUGUCAGACUGUACAAAAUGUCAUGCUAUUCAGAAUCUCUCGUGGCUGUUCUGGAGCAUGUUUGAUAAAGGAGAAACUUGUCCCUUAAGUGGCUUUCGAAAAUCAUUUUCAUUAUUCUGAUAAUCGAUAACAACAAUCUUAAAAAAGAAGAUUUCUUAAACGUAGCAAAAUGAAGGCAUUCCUUAAAAUAUUAUAUUCACUCUGCUGGAGCAACGCAUACUUGAUAAUGGGUAUAUGCAUGGGGUUAAGUUUUAGCCUCCUGUUGAUACCAAUUGACGUCGACAGACAGCACGACGUGGCGGAGUCUUUCGAUCAUUCCCUAAACACCUUGGAGGAUAUAGAUCCUUACGAGCCGAGAAUAAAUACUGACAGUAAGCAACAGCCGCAACAGGUGCAGAAGGCGAGGAAGGCGUUUGUGCGUCCGAGGUACUACUCCACGGAGCUUGGGAUCAGGGAGAAGUUGUUCGUGGGAAUUAUAACGAGCCGCGAGCAUCUGCACAGCAGGGACGUGGCGCUGAACAAGACGAUUGCUCAUAUAGUCGACAAAAUACGCUACUUUAUCUCCAUACCAGAAGGGACCAAGCCGAACGUCUCCUUUCCCGGAAUCGUGGGAUUUACCGACACGAGGAACAUCCUGAAGCCCUUCCACGCCAUGAAAUACAUCAUCGACAACUAUUUAGAAAGCUACGACUAUUAUUUCCUAAUUAAAGAUGUGAGUUACGUAAAUGCGAGGGGUCUGAUGGAGUUUGUGAAUAAGAUAACUGUGAGCCAGAACGUCCACACAGGCGUUCAAAGUGAAAUUGACACCUACUGUUCUCUAGAAUCCGGUAUACUUCUGAGCAAUUCCGUUAUACGAGAAAUGAAAAAUAAUCUAGACUGGUGCGUUAAGAACGCGUAUUCGGAUUCGGACGACGUUAAUUUCGGUCGUUGCAUUCUCCAUUCCACCUCUAUGUCUUGUACCAAUCAUGUUCAGGGACGAAACUUCACGUUUACGCAGUUGAGACCUACAUUUAAUUUUGAGAAGGACUUCGCCCGAUUGACCGAGCAGGACGAAUUCCAGAAUUCGCUUUCUAUAUAUCCUGUCUACGAUCACAUGCUCAUUUAUAAAUUUAACAUGUACUUUGCUGCGAUAAACGCCAUUAAAGUUCACAAACAGAUUACCGAUAUACGCAAGGUAAUAUCCGCGACCGCUCAUCUGGGCCCGUCGAAUCAACGUAAUGUUUCAUGGCCGAUUGGAAAUCAGCCUGGAAAUAGGCCUCUAGGACGUUUCGACGUUUUGCGCUGGUCAUACUUCAACGCAUCCCACGUUUUCUUCGAGACCGACUUCAUUAAUAUUCAAGAAUUGAAGGGCGAUACAAAAUCCGACAUAGACUACGUGAUAAACACAGCUGUGAACAAUAUUAUAAACAGAUACGAUAACAAACUAAACUUCGUCAGAUUGCUGAAUGGCUAUCUAAAGUUCGACGCGUCCAGAGGGAUGGAUUAUAUACUCGACCUAGUAUUUAGCGAAAUGGCCACGGGCAAGGAAGUAAGGAAGCGAAUCGAGGUCUGCAAGCCGCUGGGAAAAGUGGAAAUCAUACCCGUGCCCUACGUGACUGAAAAUACAAGGAUUAAUAUAAUCGUCACUAUCGAUCUGAGCAAAAAGCAAGACGCGUUAAACUUUAUCGAACACUACGCACAAAACUGCAUGGAAAAGAAAUGCAAGACCUUCCUCAUGAUGGUGCUCUUGUAUAAUUCAGAUUCACCGUCGAAAGGUAGAGGCGACGUCUAUCACGAAGUAAAAACGUACAUAUCUAUGCUGAACGAGAAGUACAAAAAGGACCAAUCUAAAAUUACUUGGCUCUCAAUACGAUUGCCAACCAACGUAACCUCCAUAGAUCUGGAUCCGAUGUUGAAGAUUGCUGUGACCGACUUGUGCGCGAAGAAGUUCUCGUCGGAAAGUCUGGUUCUUCUCAUGGAGACAGGAACGAAACUGAAAAUGGAUUACCUAAACAGAGUUCGAAUGAAUACCAUUAGCCACUAUCAGAUAUUCAGUCCGAUUCCGUUCAUUGAAUUCCAUCCCGAUAUAAUAUACACAGACGAAGCGGCCCACGACGAAGUGGAUGUCAAUAGUAAUUAUGGCAAAUACGACGAGCAGAAUUACAACAACAUCGCGUUUUACAUUAAAGACUACAACGCAAUGCGGCAGACAGUCGAGGCGAACAUUCCGUUAGUGCGAGCGGACAAGGACAUUGUUGCUCUACUAAAACUUUCCAAGCACAGCCCCGUAACUUCCUUGUUCGAGAUGUACGUGUCAUUCAGCGAUAUGCAUGUAUUUCGCGCGAUAGAACCGACGCUGAAGAUAAAAUACAAAGAUGUCAACUGUGACGACGCUUCCAACGACAGUAUUUUUAAGAGUUGCCUUAAAUUCAGAAACAAUCACUUGGGUAAACGUAGUCAAUUAGCUAGACUGGUAUUGGAUUACCAGAGCUAUCAAACAUAAAAAAAAAAUGUAGAUUGCAGUAUGUAAGUUUUACAAAGAGAAAUGCUAUUUAAUGUAAUUUAUAUAUUCAGGAUGAACGCUUAUUCCUGUAUAGAGUAAAAGUAGAUAUGUUUAGAAUUAUCUACAUCUUAGAACAAAAAUGUUCAAUAUACGUCUGUUAGAUAUAUUUUUUAUAUAGAUUUAUAUACAAGUCUAUAUAUUAUGUAUUUUAUUUAUUCAUAUAUUUUAGCCUUGAAAUAAAUAUAUUCUUAAGUGAUAUAGUUAGUUUACUGCUAAAAAUAGAUCGGAUUCUUGAAACUCGUAGAAAAAUAAUUGCACCUCUUAACAAUUACAUGCAAACGAUACAAUGACCAUGUAUAAAAGUUUUAAGAAAUUUGACGAGUUAUUAAUCGGUAAAAUUGUCGAUAUUAAAAUAAUAUCGUAAAAUACAAACUAUAUAUUACAAUGUAAAAUAUAAACUAUAUAUUACAAUGCAAGUUACAAAUCCAAAUACAAGUGAAAUGCAAGUA